AUGCUCCCCAUGCCGGGAAGCCCACAGUCGUCAUGGCGCCUAUACCGCGCGCGGAUCAUGUCAAACUUCGAGGGUGCAUCAGUUCGAAUCUGCAUCGCCUUCUGGCUCUUUGGCUUGAUCAACAACAUCUUUUACGUGAUAAUCCUCACUGCAGCCCUGGACCUCGUGGGUCCUUCGAUACCAAAGGCCACCGUCCUAUUGAGCUGCAUCAUCCCUGGCCUGGCGACGAAGAUAGUCACCCCAUACUUCAUUCAUUUGAUACCCUAUUCGUUGCGGGUGCUUUUGUUCGUUGGCUUUGCAACCUGCGGCAUGCUAGCUGUUGCGCUUUCGCCGAAUACCACAGACGCCGCAGGCAUCUCCAGUAAGAUCGCAGGUAUUGUGCUGGCAAACAUUUCUUCGGGUGCUGGCGAAGUGAACUUUCUGGCGUUGUCGCAUUAUUACGGCCCUUUCAGUCUGGCAGCAUGGGGUUCUGGCACGGGUGCCGCUGGGCUAUUAGGCGCAGGAGCAUAUACGCUCGCCACCACUACUUUGGGCCUGAGCGUGCAUACUACUUUACUGUGCAGCGUGGUUCUCUCAUUCGUGAUGCUGGCUACUUAUUUCCUUGUUCUCCCCCUCGGGCCUCUCAAUGCUGCCGAGAGAAAGGAAUCCAAUUAUCAUCGCGUGGAGUCUGAGGAACAAGACGAUGAUCUCGAUCCAAUCAUGACUUCGCAGUCAGGCUUGCCAGAUGAGCCGCCACGAAGAUCGAUAUCUCCAGCUUACAAGGCUGAUCGAUUCAGCUUGGCAAUUCACGACUUGAAAAUGAAGCUCAUCCGCGCGAAGUCGCUGGUCAUACCAUAUAUGCUUCCGCUAUUCUUGGUCUACCUGGCUGAAUACACUAUCAACCAAGGAGUUGCCCCCACGUUACUCUUUCCGCUUGAAAGCUCUCCUUUCAAGCGCUACCGAGAGUUCUAUCCGACAUAUGGCACCAUUUACCAGCUUGGUGUCUUCAUUUCACGCUCAUCUUUGCCAUUCGUCCGCAUACGCAGCCUUUACAUACCGACUUGGCUGCAAGUGCUCAACCUCGCGGUACUUACAGCACAGGCACUAUCGCCAUUCAUCCCGACUGUUUGGUUCGUCUUCGCCAUAAUAUUGUGGGAAGGACUUCUAGGAGGCCUGGUUUAUGUCUCGACUUUUGCUGCAAUCAGAGAAGAGGUUUCAGAAGACGAGCGUGAGUUCUCGCUUGGAGCUGUAACUGUAUCGGAUAGCGCAGGCAUCUUCUGUGCCGGUCUGCUUGGAGCAGGUAUGGAGACGGCGUUGUGCGCCUGGCAAGUCAAGCAUGGCAGAGAUUGGUGCAGACAGCGCUAA